GAUAAUGGUGGUGACGAGUUUAUAGAGUUAUUCAGUUAUUAUUUGCCAUUGUGUGUAAACCAAACACUAAGACUUGUUUGCUUUAUGUACAUAAACUUUACUUUAAUAUCAGCUAAUGAUUGUAAUUAUUUUAGGCUGUUUGCAUGCUGUAUCUCGUAAAUUACAGUCUUAAUAUAUAACAUUUGACCACAUCGACUGUUGGAGCAAAUAGCAGUUUUUGACUUUGUUUUCUCUGGGAGUUGGAAAAUGAUUGGAUCUCCAGUGGACUUCUCAUUUAAGCAUCUCAGUGCAGUUUCAGACACGCUCUCUGAUGAGCCCAAUCCAGGCGCUCGUCCAUUGAAGCGUAACUCAGAGCAGAAGUUCCACAGCAGAGCUCUCAGACUCAACAACAACAACAUCACAGACUUAAUAGGACUCAUGGACACCAUCUCUGGUCUUCUCGUUGAGCCGACUCGUCUGGCCUGGCUCGACCUCUCCUUCAAUGACAUUCCACACAUCGACCCAGUUCUCACUCAGCUUCGAGAUCUACGCUUGUUGUACCUGCAUGGAAACGGUAUUUGUAAGUUAUCGGAAGUGGCUGAACUUGCGAUGUUGCCGUGUUUACACACCAUCACACUGCACGGCAACCCCCUGGAGACCGAGCAUGAUUACAGGGCACAUGUGAUCGCCGCUCUUCCUCAUCUGAAGACAAUGGAUUUCAGCGCUGUUACCAAACAGGAACGGGAGUUGGCUUCAAUUUGGCAAAAAGGAAGAAACCAACGCAAAUCAACAAGUCACAGCAAAGUGAACAGAAAGUGA